ACUGGAACAUCCUCUCCACGACUGGAACUUCAAAUCGGCGACUGGAACUUUAGAUCUGAGAAAUGAUGGCCGCCGUCUGCAACUUCCAGCUAGCUCCAGUCUUCUUCUCCGGCGACGGUUUCGCAAUAAAAGAUGGAUAUCAAUUGUGAGAAUGUGGUGGGAGAAGAAAUAAAGGACCGUACAAAGAAUACGGAUGAUGGAAAACUAGUGUGGGAUGAUUCUAACCUCGAAGCUUUCAUCAUCUGUAUGGAGGAAGAAGUGAGAGCUGAGAAUCGGAAUAGUACAACUUUUACCGCAAUUGGUUGGAAGAAUGUACUAAAAGCCCUGACGGUCCGUACAGGGAAGAAGUAUACAAUGAAACAACUUAAAAGCAAAUUCAACCACGUGAGGGUAGAGUACAAAACCUUUGUGAGUUUGUUAGCAGAAACAGGCGCGGGAUACAAUGUUGAGACGGGCAUGGUUAUAGUUGAAAAAGAAAGAUGGGAUAAAUUGAUCAAGGUGAAUGCCUAUUAUAGUAAGUAUCGAAAGAAGCCAUGCAACUAUUUUGACAAGUUCACCACCAUAUUUGGAGGCACAAACGCUACAGGUGUACAUGUCCAUACUUUCUACAGUUCACCCAUUCUCAACCAAGCCCCCGCACAUCAUGAAGGCAUACAUACCUCAUUUGACCUUAAUGAUGAUUUUGUUGAGUUAGGCGGUCAUGAGUUCAGUCAUUCUCCUGAACCUCGUGGUAAGAAACCAAAGAGAGAGAGAGUUUUGCCUCCACAAUGGAUCGUGUCAUGGAGAAAAUGAGUUUACACUAGAGAAAACAGAUCGAAUUGAAAGGGCCAUAGUCGCUUCUUCAUCAUCCAAUAUGAAAAUAGUUCAUGAAGCUGGGCAGGUUGAAGUCAAUUCUCCGGACAAGACAAAAGGUGAUUUUAAAUUAUGUUGUUAUAUUUUGAAUAAGUUGGAGGGCGUUGAUAUGAAACAGUAUGCUAAGGUCACCCAAAUGUUACGUAAUGAUGAAGUUUGGAGGGAUUUCUUUCUUAAUGACCUUCCUGAUGAUAAAAGGGUUGGUUGGAUCAAUGGAAUUUGAUUUGGUAUGUUGGUUUUAUUAUGACUUUGGAUAACUGUACUAGUACGUAUUAUGACUUUUGGUCUGUCGUUUUUAUUUCUUAUUUGGUUUUGCUAUGACUUUGGUUGAUUGUAAUAUUAAGUACACUCAUAUUUAUGUUAUUUGGUUUGAUUGUAAUGACAAUAUAACUAUUUCGCUUGCUUUGAUUUUA